UAAAGAGGGCGACUAAUUACAUAAUUGAUUAACUUACGAUAUUAUAACCCUCAAAUGUAAAAUAUUUAGAAGUAAUUAUAUGGUAAAUAUACUAAUCUCCAAUGUCAGAUGUCUGUUACAGAUCAUUCGGUUUUAGUGGAACAGCCUGAUUGGUCGAGGAGUUUGAUCGACAGCUCGUCGCUCCGCCCACUCUUCGUUGACCAUCAUGGCGCUCGCGAGAAGUGUCUACAAUCUGCUCUUCAGAAGAACGUCAACUUUCGCCAUCACCAUCAUGGUGGGAGCUGUUGUGUUCGAGAGGGUGUUUGAUCAGGCUGGAGAAGCGGUAUUUGACAACAUAAAUCGGGGGAAACUCUGGAAACACAUCAAACACAAUUAUGAGCAGAAGGAUGAAGAAUAAUGAUGCAGCGUUCCUUCUACCAUCAUCCCGUUUUCUGAUGUGACCCUGCUGGAUGGGCCACUGGCUUCUGCAGCAUCCUCUGGCCGCCGUGUUUCAUCUUCCAGACAGAGACUCAUUACUGAACCCUGAUAAAAUGUCACGUGAACACCUGUUAUUUUGCGUUAUGUCACAUACUUCAUGAUCUGUAAAUGUGUUGCUAAUUUAAUUCUGUAUGAAUAAACCCAAUGACUCAGAAUGGUUUAAA